AUGCCGGAGGCCGCGCAUCUGGCGCCGGUCGACAUCGUGCUCCUGGUGCUGUACUUUGUCGCCGUCGCUCUCGUGGGCCUCUGGACAUAUGCCAAAGGUAAGCGAUCAACCAACACGGAUGCUACAGACGAGUUCUUCCUCGCCGGCCGUUCAAUGGGCUGGCUGCCUAUCGGGCUGUCGCUCUUUGUAUCCAACAUCGGGUCCGAGCACCUUGUCGGCCUUGCUGGCACAGCUGCCACCUCGGGCCUCGCCGUCGGCCUCUACGAAUGGAGCGCUGGGAUCCACCUGCUCGUGCUCGGCUGGCUCUUCGCGCCAAUUUACCUGCGCGCGCGGCUCGCCACCCUGCCAGAGUAUCUCGAGCGACGCUUCUCUCGCCGGCUGCGAUCGCUCUUCUCGUGCGUCACGCUCUUCAUCUACGUAUUCACCAAGCUCAGCGUCUCUGUCUUUUCGGGUGCCACCGUCUUGCAGUCCGUCUUUGGCUGGCCCCGCUUCGCCGCCGCGGCCGGCCUCGUUCUGCUCACUGCAGUGUACACCGCGCUCGGAGGCCUCGCCGCCGUGAUUGUCACCGACAUGGCACAGUCGGCGGUGCUGCUGGUCGGGGCGCUCUGCAUGACGGUGGUGGGGUUGGAGCGGGUGGGCGGGUACGAGGCGCUGCGCACGUCUCCGCCUGCCAACAUGACGCAGCAGCAAUGGGAGGGCUACUUCCACAUGUACCGCCCUCCGUCCGACGAGGACUUGCCCACGCUCGGGCUGCUGCUCGGCCAGAGCGUGGGCGGGCUGUGGUACUGGUGCCUCGACCAGUCCAUCGUGCAGCGUGUCCUCUCUGCGCGCUCGCUCGGCCACGCGCGGGGCGCCAGCCUCCUCGCUGCGCUGCUCAAGGCACUCCCCCCUCGCGAGUUAGUUUUCGCAAGAAGCAGCACGAAAUCAAUCCCCCCCCCCCCCCCCCAGUUAGCUCAAACAGCGCUCCCGAUCCUGAUGAAGCGGCUGCUGCCGCCCGGACUCCUCGGGCUGAUGCUCGCCGCCACCGUCGCGGCUUGCAUGUCCUCCCUCGACUCCGUCUUCACCGCCGCCGCCUCCCUCUUCUGCCUCGACCUCUACCGCGCCCACUUGCACCCGUCCGCGAGCGAGGCCGAGCUGGUGCACGUCGGCCGUGCGUUCUGCGUCCUCCUCGCCGCGGUAACCCUCGCGUGGCUCCCGGUCAUCACCCUCCUCUCAGACCAGGUCUUCAUCUACAUCCAGUCCGUCUCGAUGUACCUCGCGCCUCCAAUCGUCACCGUCUACUUUGGCGGCGUCCUCUGGCGCAGGGCGACCGCCGAGGCCGCCACCGCCACCUUCUGCCUCGGCUACGCGCUCGGCGUCGGCAGGCUGGUCGGGGAGAUCCUCUGCAAGCUCUCGCCGCCCCGCCCCGCCUCGCUGCCCGCGCUCCUCUUCCUCUCCAACUACCUCUACGCCGGCUUCGUCAUCUUCCUGCUCUGCGUCACCACGCUCGUGCUCGCCUCGCUCGCCUCGCCCUGCCCGCCGGCCUCGCAGCUCGACGGCCUCACGGCGGCGUACUCUGGCAAGUGCCUCCCCCGCGUCGCCACGCCGCGCCUCAAGGACUUGCCCACCACGCGGGAGGCCGAGCUGCCCCUGCCCGCCGCGCCUCCAAACGACGAGGGGUGCGCUGGCAGCGCUGCUCCCGCCGCCGCGCCGGCGGCUCCGGAGGGCAUGCAGAUGGACGACGACGCCAUACGCCUCGGCACGACGCGCUCGCGGGCCGGUGGAUGGCGGGGCGGCGGGGCCUGCCGGGCUUGCUGCUACACCGCGCGCGCCGCCUACUCGCGGCUGGACUCGUGGGUGGGCGAGCACUCACACGCGGUCGGCGCGGCGCUCUCCGCCGGCAUCGUCGCCAUGUAUUGCGUCCUCAUCGGCGUUUGGUUGUGA